CUGAUAUUGGCCAGAUCAUUCAGUGUUCAGUCGAAGGCGAAGGCUUGCAGUGAACGCGUCGUGUUGUCUAGUGAUUCCGAUCCCGAGAAUUCUUAUUAACUCAAUCUUCAGUUAGAUCCUCGCGUGACCACUAUUAACGAAAAGUUAACAUUAACUUGACAAAUCACCAACCAACGUAAAGAAAAUGGCCAAAAUCAUUUUGUUUUGUUUGCUAAGCCUUUUGGCAUGCGCUGCAGGUCAACGCAUUACUACCAUACAUUUGGAUGGCGUGCAGUACUUCAUUAGCCGAAUGAAUCCCUAUUCACCGGAAUUGAAUUACUUUUUGGCCUACCAAUAUUGCCGAUCGCUGGGCCUGCAGUUGGCUUCGUUUGAAACCAAGGAGAAGGCCGAAUCCAUGACCACAUAUCUGAAGAAUGCCGGCUAUGGUAACUAUGAUUUCUGGACAUCCGGAAAUCGCUUGGGCACGGGCAUGUUCCUAUGGAUGAGCACCGGUUUACCGUUCAAUGCCACCUUUGAUUUCUUUGAAAACUCGGCCGAUGCCAUUCAGGCUGGCCUACUCGAUCCCGUUGAUCACAAUAGCAACACUUCCCCUCAGCGCACAGCACGGGACAGCAGCAGUGGCGCCGAAAAAGGAUGCGUUAUCCUGAAGCAGCCCACUCUGAAAUGGAUGCCCGAGGACUGUUCGGCCGUUAAGGACUUCAUUUGUGAACAGACCCGCUGCUACUACUACAACUAUGGCAGCAUCCCAGUGUCUUCUGCGCAGGGACGCCCCAUUACCUCGACUACACCAAGAACCCCCGCCUCCCUGUUGGAUUUGCAUGCCGCUGCUCCAACCACGACACCACUUCCCCUCCUGCUAUCCACCAGUGCAGCUGGCAGUUCGACAGGCUCUCUGUUCUCGGCAGCCAAAGCGGCCAAAUCAUCGCCAGCCAUUGGCAUUGCCGCCGAUAGCGCUGCUGAGCCAUCGUUCAUGUCGUUCAAGCUGAAUCACGAUCAUCGCUCCUAUUCCGAUGCGGAUGCCACCGAUGUUGACGUUGAUGCCGACCUAGAGGCGGAGGCGGAUGCCGAGGAGCACGACGAACACGAGGGGCCCGAGGGCGGUGAGAGCGAGACAGAUGCCGACUCGGAGGAGGAGCACGAGCACGAUGGCGGCACCUUCAAUGAGCACGCUCGCGAACUGAACGGCAAUGGCGAUGACGUUAAGGAGCAUGUUUUCCCACUAAACGACAAUGAGCUGCACAACAACGAGAUGCACUCCAUUGAGGAGUUGCAGCUUCAGUUGCAGUCCCAUUCCCAUGAGUUGCAGCACCAUGACGAAGCCGAUGCUGAAAAUGAUGAUGAAGAAUCGCAGCGACAGGAAAAGGAAAAGCCAUCGCAGACUUCGGCAGAGCCUCAGCAGUCCGAAGCGGAAGCAGAAGCUGAAUUUUCGGGCCACAUUGAUGCUCUGCCCAGCUCGACGGAAUCGCCAGCCAUUGAGGUGCGUCUCAAGCAGAUUGCCCAGGACUUUGAGAAGAUGACCAGUUCACAGGAGCGUGCCAAGGAUGAGAUUACUCCACAGUCUUCCCUCUCGCUUAGCGACCUGAUACGCACCCUGCGUCCCAAUGAGCAACAGAUCAUCCCGCAAAUCGACUCGGACUACUCGAAUGCUAUGCGGGUCCUGGGCAAAACCUUUGUGCCCAACAACUGAACUAAAAACAAUCACUAUCAAUCCAUAAUAGUUGACUAAGCUUUUGGUGUUGUGUGUUUGGGGUGACCUAAGACUUUAAUAACGCGGUUCCACUGAGGAAUGGACAUUUUGCGAACAAGGAGUAAGGACAAAAUGACGCUUCUCUCUGCGGACUCCCAAAACGAUCAAAGUUUAAGGCACCUUCCCUUCUCCCUGUAGUAAUUACAUACUUAUAACGGAAAUUAAAUAAAGAAAAAACAAACAUUUUGCACAUAA